AUGGCUCUCUGGACAACUUCGUAUCCCAUCGAUACGGGAGAUCGCGAUCCUUCAUUCAUGUGGGCAGACACAGAUCCCAGCAGCGCAGGCACCGACGCUGCUCACGGCGACAUCUUUUCGCAAUUCCUCGACUUCGAAGGCGGUGUCACCAGCGGCGAAGCUCACCUUGGCCAUACUGCUGUCGUGGAUCCUCUGUUCCUCGAUCCCCUCGCCCAGCACCCUCCUGCGCACGAUGGCAGCGCCUCAUCCGGCGUAUCUACCGCCGAUGACUUUGAUUUCCUCUCCAGCAGCUCCCACAUCGACCCGCCCAUGUCGGCAGCAAGCUACGAGAUUGACCCAAGCGCCUUGACACUCUUUGGCGAGAAGAACGUUGCCGCCGACGCACAGCAACCGCCGUUCUUCUCCGAUACCGAGAUUGAGAAGCUCGAAGCUCUUUCGGUGCACUCUCCAGUCAAGCUAGCCUCUGAGCCUCCUUCGCCUACACUAGCACCUGCUACAAUCACAGCUCCCAAGACUCGCAAGGCCACUGGCACAGCAACCCGCAAGUCGAAGAAGAUUGUCGAUGCUCUGUCAUCCACCAUCCGCAAAGCAACCAUGCGCAAGACGAGAAAGGGCGCCGCGCAAGACGUUGCCGCAGCAGCUGCUGCAGAAGGACCUGAUCGUCCUGCGUCUCCUGUGAACGACGCUCCUCUGAAGCCAGCUAAGCAACGAGGUGCUGCUGGCCGCCGUGUGCAGACUCAACACCAGGUCCCUCGCAUGCCCGACUCGCCGCCUCUGCACGUCGACACCGCCAACUUUAUCCAUGGACAGCCUGAAGAUCCCUUUGCCAGCGAUACCUCACCUACACACGGCGCCGUCCCUAUGCGGUAUUACAGCCAAGGCGGUCUUGGUACGCCCAUGGACUCACCCACACGCAAGAGCGAGACGGACCUCUCUGUCAACCACCAAGCCCAGCAGCAACAGCAGCAGCAACAACACCAGCUCUUUGCCGCCUUCCUCCAGUGGCAGCAAGAAAACGGCAUCUCGCCCAGCGUCGAGGCCAGCCAGCAAUGGGAGUACUUUGCGCAGCACGCUCAAAGCAACAACCCUGCCUGGGCCAACGCCAACCUCGCCAUGCACACCCAGCAUGGCCAGCUUCCCUAUGAAUACACCCAGCAGAUGCAAGAUGCCAGCGGCCUCAUGAUCCACAUGCCACAGCCCCGUCCACCCGUCGUCAACGAUCUCUCGCUCUCUGCUCAGACCUAUCUCCCACCACCAGCCCCUCAAGAGCGCGCAUCACGACCUCCCAAGGCCCCCUCCGCCGGCGCCCGCCACCGCACCGUCUCCUCAUCGCCCAUGCGCAAGCAGCGCGGACCAUCUGCAUCACCUACCUCUGGCUCUGGCGCCGGCUCCGGUGUAGCAGCCUCCAACCAGCGCCAAUCGCGCCACAGCUCCGGCGGCUCCGUGUCAUCUGUCAGAAGCGCCUCUGGUCGUCUCCCCGGAAGCAUGCCAGGAACACCUUGCAGCGUGCGCAAGCGUCGCUCUGUCACCGGCACCACGCUCAACACCUCUGCUAUCGAUGACUCUGGGCCUGUAGCCGCCCCCGCGGCACCUUCUGGUGGCUUCCAGAUCGGCUUUGUCAACUUCACGCCCAACGAUGGCUCGGCACUUAUGACUGGUGUUGCACCCUCAGGUAGUUCCAAGACAAAGGCUCGCCGCGAGAAGGAAGCACAAGAUAAACGACGACGACUCAGCGAGGCGGCCAUGAAGGCUGUUGCUGCAGCAGGAGGCGAUAUCGAAAAGCUGCGUGAGCAGGGCUUCGAGUUCUAG